CUUACAGCUAUAUAUGUAGGCAGUGGAUGAUACACACACCUGUCAUCGUGGCUGUACUUUAAAUAUGUAUAUACACAAGCAGUAGGUACAUAUAUUCGCGAUCGUGGAGGGUGGUUUGCACGUCGUGUUUUUACGAUAAUAUAUUUAUGCUCGGAGCGAGUACGCCAACUGCUGAUUUGUUCGUUGCACAAAAAAGUUUCCUGUACAAUACGAUUGCCUUUUGGAGAAUAGUGUGCUAUCGUUACUCUUUUGCUGCUUCGCUGAUAAGGAUUUGAUGAUAAACCAAAUAACCGAGCUUUUUUCAGCAAAGCAUCGCCCAUGACAAGUCACGAGCCUCAUUCUACACCAGAUUGAUGCUUUCUAAUUUCUGCUUUGUUUUGAAUAAAACAGUAGAAGAAUGAACGGGGUAUUGGAAAGAAAUAGGUGUAAGGGCUCGUCACCCUUACACAGGGGUGUGGAACCUGCUGAAAGCGAAGUGAGUUUAUUGCAUAAAAAAGUACAAAUAAAGACUCAGGCAUUAUUGGUGCUUGGACAAGAACUAGAUCAAUGCAGAGCCCAAAGAGAUCGUUACAAACUUAUGGUUGAACAAUUGCAAGAGGAUAUUAGUAGACGAGACAAAGAAGAUGAACUUAAGAAGACUAUAAAUGGUUUCAAGUCCUCACCUGUUAAUGCAGCAAAUAAAAAUAAAGAUAAAAGUAAAACUAUAAAUACUUUAGAAGAAGAUACUAAACUUAUGGACUUAUUAAUAGAAUCUAAAGAACAGAAUAAGUGCCUUCGACUACAAGUUGACACGCUGAAACAAAAACUUAAUGAAAGUCAAGAAGAUAUCAAAGCUUUGCGCGCCAGAAAAACCGAAACUAUUUUGCCAUUGGAAUCUGCUCCUGCCAUUCAUCAGAGGGAAGAGUUGAUUGAACAAUUGGAGAGGUUAAAUGUUAAAUGUAAUCAGUUGAAAUUGGACUUACAGUCUGUGAUAGAUGAGAAGCAAGAACUCAUAUCCGAAAGAGAUGCAUACAAGUGUAAAGCACAUAGACUAAAUUAUGAACUAUCCAAGGCUCUAAAUGCAUCGCAACCUGUGGAUGUAGAUUCAUUGGUUAAUGAAAAUAGGUAUUUGCAAGAACGAUUCAAGCAAAUGAUGGAAGAAAAAGAACUAGCAGUACAGUCACUUAAAAAAUAUAAAGGUAUGCUUGAUAGCAAAAGACAAAAAGGAAUGAUUAAGUUAGGAGCUAAAUCAGCUGCUGGAUUCAUUAUGAGUUUCAAACAGUUAGAAAAAAUGUUAGAACAAGGACCCAAUAUUCCUCCACAGAAAGCAGCAGCUGCUUUAACUGAGUUGCAUAGUAUUUGUACUGCUCUUCUGGACUCAUUAAAUGAUAAAAGUGUAGCCUUAGCUCAUCAAAAAAAAACAAAUAAAAUUCUGGCAGCAAGAAUGUGCGAGUUGGAAAGAUCAAUAGAGUCACCAACUAUAAGGUUGUUAGAAGGAUAUUCUAGCACUGAUAUUGACAUUAGAUGUGAUUCAACAAGCCUAACUUCGGAUUUAUCAGAAGAUAAAGAAUCUGAUUUACAAUUUGACGAAAGCUCUAAUGAACAAGAUAUCAGUAAAAAGUCCGAUUUUGAUAAAGAUAUCAACAACAUAUCUUCCAAUGGAAUUGGCGUUGAUCAAAAUUCUGAAUGUAAAGAAACUACCACUAGUCAUGAUUAUCAAAAUAUUGAAAGUCUCAACUUUGAUAAUACAACUGGAAUAAGACAAGAGCUAGCUGUGCCCAUUGACAAAAAAAGUAAUGUAGAUGAAUCGUUCAAUAAACAAUUUGUCGAAGAAUUUGUUACGAGCGUAAUUGAAACCGAUUUGUACAGAAGUCAAACUAUUUCGCUUCUUGAUAAAGAAAAAAUAGAUGAAUAUAUCAGAACUGGAAUUAGAAAUUGCAACUGUGAAACAGUUCCAGAGGAUGAAGCAAAUGUCGAAGAGAAAUGCCAUACUGAGGGCAAAGAAAACGGAAAAAGUGCAGUGAGGUCAAGCCGCACGAGCAGCACUUAUGACUUGUUCAAGGAAAUAGACAAAGUUUUAAUGGACGAUUAUUCAAACAUUGAAAAAAGAUUAAACAAUGGUCUUCCAGCAAACUUAAAGGAAGCGAUAGAGCAAAGUAUUCAGCAGAUGGAAGUGAACAAGAACAAGAAAUAAGCUAUUUGUUAUUGCCGUAAAGUUUAAGGUACUUUAUCUAAAGUCUAAUCUGCGGUAAUAUGCCAUUCCAAAGAUUUUUUAUACGUGUAUUUUCAAUGGAACCAAAGAGUCAAAACUAAUGAAUGGCUUGUAAAAAGUAUACAUAAAAGACUAUAAUAAAUAUCAAAAUUAUUUCAGAA